UUAAAACCUUGUGGGAGAGGAAGGCUGGGAGGGCUAGUUAGCAGGUUAGAGAGAGAGAGAGAGAGAGAGAGAGAGAGAGAUGAAUGCGUUGAGAGAUUUACAGCUUCCGCUAAAUCAAACGCAGAAUAUUAGGUUACAGAGAGCUCUGCAGCAGCUUCGGGAAUUAGAUUCCAAAGCCAGUUCCUUAUCUUCUGUUACUGUCGCCGACACCAUCCCUGUUAACCACGAAGACGGCGUUGUCAAGGGGCAUGGAACUUCUGAGGUUGAUGGUGAAGUGGUUGCGACUCUAUGCGGAGUAGUGGAGCGAGUUAACAAGCUCGUCUACAUCCGUACUUUAAGGGCCAGGUACAAGCCGGAGAUUGGAGAUAUCAUCGUGGGGCGUGUCAUUGAAGUUGCUCCAAAGCGUUGGAGACUUGAGAUCAAUUUUAGUCAGGACGCAGUCUUGAUGCUUUCCUCAAUGAACUUGCCUGAUGGUAUCCAGGUAAAACAUCAAUUUCCUGUGUCUUCUAUAGUACGUGGCAGUGUAGAUAAACUUUAUGUAAUACAAUGACUGGUUACUUAACUUUUGUUAGAGGGUGGCUAUUUGAAUCUGCAGUCCUGCAUUAAGAUGUUUGCAACAUACAGUUUAGUAGUCACAGUUAUUAUUUCUUUAUUCUUCUGGAAAAAACCAUCUAAUCGUUACCACACUUGGUUACAAAUAGGUAUCAACCUCUCUUUUUGGCGCAUUGUUUUAUGCUUUAUUUCUCCAAAUCAUAGAUAUCACGACAUCGCUUAGACGCCUUAUUGGGUUCAAGGGGACAACAUGCCUUGCUUGAUGCAAGAAAGGAGACCGUCUUGGAUGCCUGGGAGGCAUUGCCUUGUUGAUGGCACAUCUUAUAUUAUACCAGUGUUUUGACUCUUCAUUGGUUUAAAUUAAAAUUUUUUUUUAUUCUUUGUUUUUUUCUUCUAAAUAUGCUUAUAUUCAUAAUUAUUUAAUUCGGAUUUGGGAAUUAUUCGGAUGGAGAAUUAUUUGGAAUAAUUUGUUUUAGUAAUUCAACAAUUUGGUCAAAAUAGCGGUAAAAAAAGCGGGGAUAAUAAAAUUCGGGUUUGGGUUCUGGAAUUAUUCGUUUACAAAAAAAAAAAAAAAAAAAAAAUCUGAUUGUUACCACACUUGGUUACAAAUAGGUAUCAUCCUGUCUAUUUGGCGCAUUGUUUUAUGCUUUAUUUCUCCAAAUCAUAGAUAUCACGACAGUGCUUAGGCUCCUUAUUGGGUUCAUAGGGACAACAUGCCUUGCUUGAUGCAAGAAAAGAGACCGUCUUGGAUGCAUGGGAGGCAUUGCCUUGUUGACGGCACGUCUUAUAUUAUACCAGUGUUUUGACUCUUCACUGGUUAAAUUUUUUUUUUUAUUCCUUUGUUUUUUUCUUCUGAAUAUGCUUAUAUUCAUAAUUAUUUAAUUCGGAUUUGGGAUUAUUCGGAUGGAGAAUUAUUUGGAAUAAUUUGUUUUAGUAAUUCAAUGAUUUGGUCAAAAUAGCGGUAAAAAAAGCGGGGAUAAUAAAAUUCGGGUUCGGGUUCGGGUUCUGAUUCUGGAAUUAUUUGUUUACCAAAAAAAAAAAGAUCGGACAAAA